AUGUCAACUAUAUCACCUUCAGCAUUACAAAAUCUCGAUCCAGAAAGCAGAAAAGAGAUGAUGCAAUUCAUCGAAGCUGAACAAUCAAAGUCAAAAGUCCAAUCAUCGAUACAUAGCUUCACCGACAUGUGUUUUAAAAAAUGCAACAAAGAUAAACCAUUAACAUCACCAACUUUGAAUACCGAGGAAGAACAGUGUUUGGUAAAUUGUUUAAAUAGAUUUUUGGAUACAAAUAUUAAAGUAGUGGAAGCCUUACAAGGUAAAUAA